CAAAGACUCGAGACACCAUGGCGUUCAACUUUGCUGGGCCGAAGCGCAAGAUGCAGGAGUGCGACAAGAUCCUCACAUCCAAGGGCAUGCUCUGGGAGAUGGAGGACGCCGUUAUCGACGGGCAGAAGCACAAGGUCUGGAAGAAUCAACCACCCACCUGGCGUGCCUUCUUCCUGGCCAAGUUUGAGGAGUACCUCGACCGUCCGUUCAUCUCUGCGCCGACCCCCGAGCCGAGCGACUUCUACGCACGCGAGGACUUCAGCUACCGCCAGAUCAGGGACCUGUCGCUUGCGGCCGCGGCGUGGCUGCGCACCGAGCUCGGCGUUUUCAAGGGCAGCUAUGUCGGCAUCGGCGGCCAGAACUCGUCCGACUGGGUCAUCUGGUACGUCGCGAUCCACCUCCUCGGAGCUGUGCCGGUUAUCAUCAAUGCCACCUGGAAUGCCGAGGUCAUGGCCCACAGCCUGGGCAUCGCACCGCCCAUGGCCAUCGUUGCGUCCGACGAGAUCGCCGGCGUGCUGAGCCCCCUCAUGCCCGAGCUCGCGCGCAAGGGCGUCGGUAAGCUCUACUGCUGGCAGGACGUCGCACAUCUCCCCGUCAACGCUCGCCAGGGCAUCACUGUGAUCCCCAAGAUCAAGCCGAGCGCCAGCGUGGUUGCCGACAUCGUUGCUGGCCGUGGCGGUGGCCUCGAGACCCUUCACACCGACGACGACGGCACCAUCUUCUACACCUCGGGCACGACCGGCUACCCCAAGGCCGUGCUUUCGAGCCAGCGCGCGGCGCUGCACAACGUCGUGUCGUGUCUCAUCCCCUACGGCCGUGCUCUGCUCCGUGCCGGCGCGUCGCUCCAGGAGAUGGGCGAGAUCCUCACCCCCAAGGCUGAGCAGUCGAUCGUCCUUGUCGCCAUCCCCUUCUUCCACGUAUCGGCCGUCGAGGGCUGGCUCAUCCGUAUCUUCCUCAGCGGAUGGAAGAUGAUCCUCAUGCGCCGCUGGAGCACCAAGGAUGCUAUCACCCUCGUCAAGGAGCACAAGAUCAGUGUCAUUGGCGGUGUGCCCGCCAUUGUCCAGAGCAUCAUCCAGUCGCCCUUGUUGCCCAAAGACCACGUCUUCGAGGGUGUCAGCUACGGCGGUGCCCCUCCGCCCGAGCGCAUGCCUGGCGACGUCAACAAGCUGUGGCCCACUGCCGCCAUCCUCCAGGGUUACGGCAUGACCGAGACGAGCGCCAUGCACACGUCCAACGCCCUCACCGACUACCUCGAAUACCCGAGCAGUGUCGGCCCUGCGGUCCCCAUCUGCGGCCUCAAGAUUGUCGACCAGAACACGGGCAAGGAGCUUGGUGUCGGCAAGCCGGGGCUCAUCCUCAUGCGCGGCCCGAACAUCAUGAAGUCAUACCUCAACAACCCGGAGGCGACCAGGAAGACGAUCGACGCCGAGGGGUGGCUCGACUCCGGAGACAUCGGUUACGUCAACGACGAGGGCUUCCUGUUCAUCGGCGACCGAGCCAAGGACAUCAUCAUCCGCGGAGGCGAGAACAUCGCCUCGGCCGAGGUCGAGAACGCCCUCUACCUCGACAGCCGUAUCGCCGAAGCGGCGGCCGUCCCCGUCCCUGACCCCAUCCUGGGCGAGCGCGUCGGCGUGGCCAUCUCCCUCGCGCCAGGGGCCACCGCCACCUCGGAGGACAUCAUCAAGACGGUCAGCCCAAGGUUGCGGUACCCCGCGCGCCCAGUGAUCGUCGUGGUUUCGGGCGACCUGUUGCCACGCAACGCCAACGGCAAGCUCCUCAAAACCGAGAUCAAGAAGAUUGUCCAGGCAGAAUGGAAGGCGCACCAUGCCAACGGCGAAGUCAAGGCCAGGCUCUAG